AUGCUUCUUCUCAUCUCUCAGAAUGGAAUGCCUGCUGACAGCAUUGAGAAAACCUCGAAGCUGUACGUAUACGACAAGAAUAGAAGCUAUUUUGAGCAAUGUUUCCGAGAAGUAAGAGUACUUGGAAGAGGAUUGUUUGGUGAAAUUCUUCCACAUGCCUGCAGAUUUGUUCGUUCACAACUACGAGCUUAUGUUUGGGAGCCCAACAUGUCUCCAGCUACGCGCAGGUGA